AUGGGUGGUCAAAACAUGACCUCCGCGAUAGGACUGGAGGGAGAAGCCGCAGCAAUGGAGUAUUUUGGGAGACAAAAACCCUCAUACCUACCAUACUACAUAGUACGUCAUGGACGUUUGGCACGACGUCGACUGCUUCACGCGCGUAGCAAAGAGCACGCCCUGAAACAUAUCGACAUUCGAAUUGGGUGGUUGGCCCUUUUCUGGCUCCUCAUUUUCAUCAUUGUGAUGACUAUUUUAAUUGCUUUGUUAAAGGACCUGAUCAUUACCUACAUCUCAAAUCCUGUGGCAACCCAAAUCCUCUCGGAAAAUGAAAUACUCGUCUUUCCUGAUGUCACCAUAUGUCCUGUUGCACCACUUUCCAAUUCUUCGAUGCCACAGGAAGAUCUGGCCGAGUUGGAGAAUAUGAAAAGUCGAGUUGUGCAGAAAUUAAAAUAUGCUGGACUGCAUCCGACCGAUUUAAAUGUGCAAGCCGCAAUGCUAAUACAGCUGGCAACUCAUAGGCGAAUGUCAGAUCCUCGGAGCUACGACCACCUGAUAUACUGUGCCUAUAAUGGUCAGCAUUGCUCCUUUGCCAACUUUACGGAAGUUGUGCAUCUACGCUACCUCAAGUGCUUCACAUUUUCCCCAAGGGAGGAGAAACGUCGAGUCACUGUGGGUGCUGGUCUCACAUUUGUCUACGUGGCCGAACAAAAUGGCACUGGUGCCGUGCCAUACAUGAUCCUAAAUGAUCUUGAGAGCUACAUGUUCGACGCUCCAAACUACGAUGGGAUCAACAUUUUUGUGCAUAAUCCGGGGACCUUUCCAGGCUACGAGAUCAGUAGUAUGCCAUCCAGCUUCGCAGUUCACUUUGGUCAGAUCGCCAGAGUCGAAGUUACCGGCUUACAAUUUGUCUCAACAACACGUGGCUUCAAAAAGUGCAGCGAACAUCCCAAACCCUACAAGUACACAAGUUUUGGAGGAUUGACAAAGUAUCUGGAGUACCACUACACCUAUGAGGAUUGUGUGGCUAAUCGAAAACAGUCACACAUUCUAGAAACUUGUGGAUGCUACUCAGACCUUUUACACGUACCACACAUUUCAGAGCCCGAUGAUGAUCCUCAGGCUCGUGGUAUGGCAAAAGUGUUGGAUCUCUCGCACCUGAGGGUAGAUUUCUGUCGUGAUUUGCGAGAUCGCACCUCUCAACGAGCACGUGCCAACUUUGAGUGUCAUGAGAGAUUGAGUAGACUACCAACUUCUAAUGUUCUCGAUGCCUACAUUAAUCCAGAUUUGUUGUGGGAGUCGAGAGACAAUCCAGAUAUGCGAAAAAAAUUGCGCCAAGAAGUGUGCCCAGUCAACUGUAACAAGAUGCUCUAUCAAACACGCAAAAUUGAGGUGUUGAAUAUCAAUGACAACUUCACAAUGAAGUUGCCCUUAAUCGCUAGACACAUGAUGGAUCUCAAUCUCUCCACUCUAGACGCCAACACAGCCAUCCAUCAGAGGUGGUCUCAAUUGCUAAGUGAUGAAACGGGUGGACAGACAAACCUUACUGAAGGCAAAAAUAUAAUUGUAAUUGACAUUCGAUUACGCUCGGCUCGUGUAGACACGUGGAAUGAGGAGGUGACCAGCAGUCUCUUUGCCCUAAUGGCCAAUAUUGGUGGUACUCUGGGCCUCUGUGCUGGUAUCUCCUUUCUUUCUGCUCUCUUCCUUCUCAUCUUCUUUGGUAAUGCCUUCUACCACUUGAUUAUGCUGGCGUUGGUUUGGUUCUGGUGGAAUAUCUUUCAAGGCAAGCCAAAAGCAGUGGAAGUGGAGGAGCUGCGCAUGUUGGAUGAGCGAUCGAAGGUGAUGGAAGAAAGAGAAGACGAUGUUCGGCCAUUUAGAAGUUCCGGUCAUAUGCGUGCAGUGUCAUCAACCAUUAAGGCGAGGGAAAAGAGUGUCAUUUAUGAUCCCUGGGUCGCAGCACAAAUGCAAUAUGGACGUCCGCGAAGUGGUACUGGGGUGGAGGCGCAAGACGAUCUUGGUAUCAAUCAUGGUGGUAGUCAUCAGGUAAGCUAUCAGUUUACCUUGCAGAAGCAAAAAGGCUGGAUCUGGCUUUGCCAACAAUAG